CAUCCAAGCAUUUGCCCCAAAGGCGUCAAUGCCCUGUACGUAAAACAAACGCCAGUGCAGUCGAGUGAAACCGACUGUGGCGCUGGGACUUGAUUCUUGCAAAACAAAAAGUAUUUCGACUUCUCCCAUCCGACCUCUCAUGUUGGCUUUUUCUUUCACUUGACGGCAAAAUGCGACCAUCUCCGGAGAGCCUAUCCGUUCUACCUUUGGUUAUCGGUGUUGCGCUUUCCCCCUCGACCGUCGAUGCGGCCGCUUUUCGGCACGCUGGGCAGCCUGCUGGACUAAUCGACAAUGCGAACGGCGACAGCAUUUACCGAGAUGCGCACGGCAGUGCUUUGCCUGGGUUGACAUGGCUACGUGAAAGCGUUGCUGAAAUCAUAUUCGGGCGCCCAUCGACUAAACACAGCGACUCCACCUCACCCAGCGUACCGCUGUCCCGAUAUCGAGAUGACGUUGUGGUACGCUUCAAUGUUACAAACUCGGCAGAUCAGGUUGCCUUAGCCCAGGCCGUCAAUGAAAAGCGCCUGGAUGUCUGGGCUUCCACACCACAGUUUGUGGAUAUCCGACUACAGGAGAAUCAGCUACGCCCGUUGCUCAAACUCAUUCCGUCUUCAUUGCAAACACAAUGGAGUGUUCUAAUUCCUGACCUGGAGGAAGCAGUUCGGGCGACAUAUCCCACCAAAGGCGAGACAGGAGAAUUUGAAGGUGCGGCUGAAAACCUGGAUGCUGCUUAUAAUAUAUUCUUCCACGACUACCAGCCCUUAUCGGUUAUCACAAGCUGGAUGUCUCUCAUGGAGACCAUGUUUCCGUCUAUUGCCGAAAUGUCGAGCAUUGGAGACUCGUACGAGGGGAGACCUAUUCACGCUUUUCGCAUUGGAAAUCACAGCGGCGACAACGCCGACAACAGCACGAGGAAAACGAUACUCGUCACCGGUGGGCUCCACGGCCGUGAAUGGAUUUCGACAAGCACGGUGACCUACCUCUUGUGGUCAAUCAUCACGGCGCAUGGAAAGGAGUCGAUGGUCACGAAGCUCCUCAAGCACUUUGACAUCGUCUUCAUUCCCGUGCUCAACCCAGACGGCUACGAUUACACGUGGAAGACUGAUCGGCUGUGGCGCAAAUCAAGACAGCAAACCAAGGUGUCGGUGUGCCGUGGCUUUGAUCUCGAUCAGGCUUUUGGUUUUGUGUGGGACCAGACCAAAUCUCAAGUCGACCCGUGCUCAGAAAGCUAUGGCGGUGACGAACCGUUCCAGGCAGUCGAGGCUACCCGUUUGGCCGACUGGGGAAGGAACCAGACCGAGAAGGGUGUUAAGUUUGUUGGUUUCUUGGACCUGCACUCCUACUCGCAGCAGAUCCUUUUCCCCUACACCUUCACAUGCGAUGAGGAUCCACCGAACCGCGAGAAUCUCGAGGAGCUGGGAGUCGGUUUGGCCAAGGCCAUCAGACUCUCCAGCGGAAACUUUUACACGGUGAGCUCAGCAUGCGAGGGCACUGUUGACCGCCAAGACGACGCGAGUGAGGCCACUAGUAGCUCAGCCAUUGACUGGUUCUAUCAUGAACUUCACUCCCGGUAUAGUUACCAGGUCAAACUCCGUGAUACCGGCAGCUAUGGGUUUUUGCUUCCCAGAUCGCAGAUCAUACCCACGGGAGAGGAGAUGUUGAACGCUUUGAAGUACUUUGGCGAUUUCUUACUGGGAAACAACGGGAUCGAGAGUAUCGCGAAGUCCGAGGACCGGACCACGCAUGAUAAGGGCAGGGUAGAGCUUAAGUGAGCGUGUCGGACGAUAACGUAGUGUUAUACAGUCAGAAUGGGGGCAUAAUCAGGCGUUC